GACUUAAGUUAAAAAAAAAUUUGAAGAUUUUCCAAAUCAUUUCAAAAUUUUCUGAUGAAAAUUUUGAGAAAAAUAUUUGUACCUUUAUUUCAUUUUUCUUUAUUUUUUUCUAAAACUUCCUGUCCUUAUAACCUGGGUGUUUCCCGUGGUCCUUAUGAUCUUCACAUGGUUUAAUGGUUUUAUGAAAAAACCUUAAAAUGAGUCACACAACAAAACCUUUAAUAUUGAUUUUUACUUUGUUGUGGCAGACAAGCACUAUACCAUAAGACCUUAAAGUUGCCUAAGUCAUUGCUUUAUUCAAGUCAGAUGACUCUGGAUGGCUUUCAUAUUACAAAUAAAAUUAUUUUUAGCCUUGUUUUUAUAGAGGAUUCUUGAAAGCUGGUGUAUAUAAGAUUAUUGAAACACUGCGAUAAAAUAAUAUACUUUAUAAUGACGAAUAUGGCUUAAGGAGAACUUCUUUCUCAACUUCUUAAGCAUUGUCUGCAAAAAGGAUUGUUAAAUCUCUUGAAAUGUUAAGGAAAAUAUGGAAUUCAAAUAGGUUGAAUUAUUCUGUUUUUUUCAUGUCUUAAUAUUGUCUGGGCAAGUACAGUUCACAGUCACUACGAUAACAUGCUGCAACUAGAAGAACGAUUUAUAAGAUAAGCUACUGUUUGCAAAUAUGAUGCACAAAGUGUGCAUGCAUGACCGUUUCUCAAACAGUUGCUGACCAUUUUUGACAUUCAUAUUUUUCUGAUUUGUUAAUUUUUAUACAAAAUUUUAUAUAGAAUACAGAUUUUCCUGUCUGUGAUUAGAAAUUAUUUUCCCUAAGAAUCACAAUUUCAUAUUUAAUUAGCCAAAAGGAGCAAAUGCUGGAUAUGACACUGUAUAAAGUGUGGAUUUGUGAAAUCCCUAUCAGGUAUUGGGGGGUUGUUUAUGAAACACAUAUGAACAGAUGAUUGAUGAUUGUCAUUGGCAGUAUACAAAAGAAUUAGAAGCACUUUGAUGAUGAAAAACAUAGAUGAGAAAAUAUUAUUUUUAUAGAAUUUCACUUAUUUGUUCUUAAAUAUUUUAACCUGUGUUAUAGAUGUUUAAUCUAAAUUAAUUAUGUUUUUGUGAUGACUAACAUAUAGUAAAUGUCUAGUAUAGUGUUGUAUAUAAGCCAUUCGCAGGCUUCUACAUAAUGGUGAAGUAUAAAUAUUUCUGUAGUCCACAGUGCAGACUACUGUGGAAGAGGGAAGGUAUAAGGAGAAUAUAAAAGAGUCUUAAGAGCAAUGUGGGGGAAAGGACCUUACAGAGGCCCUUUGCUUGACUCAUUGCAAGCUGAACUAAAAGAGUAUUUACAGCAGCCUAGUGCCAUACAUAGACCUGUUUUCCUGCAGGAGAAAAGCAGAGAACCUGAUCCUAAACCAGAGCUGAGGAGGAGUACAAGCAACACCUGGUGCGAUUCAGGAGAAGUAGGCAGACCACAGGAGGCCAGAGGAGCAAAGAACAGUGCAGGGGAGAAUAACAUCUGAAUGUGAACCAGAAAGCAACACAGUCACUAGAAGGAGGAACCAAAGACUUGAUGCUAGGUGAGUAUGAUGCAACACAAAAUUCACCAAAACUAACUCCUAACCAGACAGUGUUAGGACCCAUGCCAGUAUUCUCAGUCACAUAGAAUGAUGCAGCUGGACAGAUUGCUCAGGAACACGAUAAGACACAUUUAAAAAGGAGCACUAAGAGGAUGUGGCCCUGGUAUACUCAGUGGGACUUUGCUGAUGGGUGUGUCAAUCUGUCAAGCUGUUUGGAGAAAUUCAAUGUCCCAGGCCUUGCAACAGGAGCAUGUGAGGAGUUCAAGGCCCAGAAUGAAUGCAUACUGCCCUGACUCGAAAUACACUGCAAUGUGGAAGGCCCUGACUAUGUUUAUGUCUGGAAACAAGGAUGCAUGAGUGCCACUAACAUGGUCUAUAGGGCCUGUGGGGAGAUUGUGCCUGGGUAGUUGGGGUCGAUCAAGUCACAAUCAGAGGGUUGUGGAUCGGAUCCCUAGGUCCUGGAGUCACAUGUCGUAAUGUCCUUGAGCAAGACAUUUAACCCUAAUGUGCUCACACUACUGAGUCAGUGGCGUGUAAAUGGGUAUGGAAGCGUACGAAUGGAAUUAGCUUAUACUGAUGGCAGAUUCUCCAUAGCAACAUGUGUCAUCAGUGAGUGAAUGGGAGUGAGUGGAUAUGUGUGACGUGUGCUGAGAAUGCUGGUAGGGGUGGGGACCUGUCAUUGGAUUGGUUGGUCAAAAUUUUAUUGAAAUGGUCCAUGUUGGCCAAAGCAGCUGUAUAGUUCUAAUUCUGGUUUCCUGUUUGGCUUGUUGCAUCGUACCCAUUCUACUGAGGCUGUGCUGGAAGGAGACAGACAAGGAGAGGGGACUCAUGGCAGAUCUCACCAUGGCUCAAAAGGAGAACAUGAGGACGCCAGGUCGUCCCAGGUGACUUUGGCUCCAGAACAGUCUGGCAGUUCUCUGAUGCACUGGGCAGAAAAGACGAUCUCACCUGGUGUUGCUGACAGUGAAGGACAGGAGAGACGAUGGCCUCAAUGAUGGAGGGCCAACUGUGUGCAGGCUCUUCAGAUGAAAACCCUCGCCUCCUGGGGAAGUUCCGUAACAGCAAGAGAUUACCGCCUAACAUAUCUAACAUGCUUGUUUCAUCACUGAGGUCUGCAUCUGACCCCAACAAACAAGCUUUGAACCUGGUUCUGUGUGGAAGGAGAGGAUCAAUGAAGACUUCAGCUGCUCAGGCCUUUUUGGAGCAGACAAAGCUUUAUUCCAGAUCUAGUUCAUCAGAGGCCAGAUGGAUUUCCCUGGUUGACCUGCCAGCUUUGUCUGGAAAAUCCGAAGAGGCAGUGAAGAAGGAAUUAUUAUCUCAAUGUAAUCCAGAGGGUGUCCAUGUCUUCAUGCUGGUCCUCCCUAUAGAUCACCUCACUGAUGAAGACAAGAGGGAGCUGAAGACCAUCCAGAAGAUGUGCAGCUCUCUAACCAAUGCUUUAACCAUGGUUCUGUUCACUGUGACAGCAGACCAAAUAACUACAGAUAUUGCCAGCUUUUUGAAGAAGAACAAGGACACCCAGGAGAUCCUUCAGAUGUGUGAAAGAAGAUACAUGGUUGUCACAAUCAAAGACAAGCAGCAGAUCCCAGAGCUGAUGGAUUUUGGGGAAAAGGAAAGAGUGGACAGAUCUGAGACAGAGGAACUGGAGAAAGCACUGAAGUGGGCAAGCACUAAUAAAAAAUUCAGAGAUAAAUUUCUGGAUGAAUUUCGGAGACAGGAGGGAGGUGAAAGUCAGAGUACAGAGUGUCUCAGGAUGGUGCUGAUUGGAAAGACCGGCAGUGGAAAGAGUGCAACAGGAAACGCUAUCAUCGGUGAGAGACAUUUCACACCCAAAGCCGCCCCAAAACCUGCGAACACGACAUGUGAGGAGGCAAAAGGACAGAUUGAUGGACGGCAAGUUGUAGUGGUCAACACCCCCGGCUUGUUUGACACAACCCUGUCUGAUGAAGAAAUCCAACAGGAGCUUUAUCAAUGCAUCAGUAUGCUGGCUCCUGGACCCCAUGUCUUCUUGUUGGUGCUGCAGAUCGGCAACAUAACAGAAAAAGAGAAAGACUCAGUGGAACUGAUUUAGAGCAUUUUUGGAAAAAAGGCUCAAGAUUUCAUCAUCAUUGUCUUUACGAGAGGAGAAGCUCUGGAGGGUCAGCCAAUUGAGGGUUAUAUUGUAGACAGUGGUCUCAAACAGCUGGUAAAAAACUGUGGAGGGAGAUACCAGGUCUUAAAUCACUACACUCACAAAGAUAACCUCACACAAGUCAGAGAGCUGCUGGCCAAGAUCGAGGAAAUGCUGUGUGCAAAUGGUGGCGGCUGCUACAAGGCCGAGAUAUUUCAGUAUAUAAGGGAUGCAUUUGACAGAGAAGUCAGGGACAUCAUAGAAAAGGAACAAAAUGCCAGCAAAAGGAAAUAUGAAGAGAUGCAACAGAGAAUCAAAGCACUGGAGAAAGAAAAAGAACAAAGUCAGGAAGAGUUAGGAAAAGUACAACAACAGCUGAAAGAAAUUAAACACAUACUAACUGAGAAAAAUACAAAGAAUAACUGUAACAUCCAGUAACUAUGUGGAACUGAGAACAUUUGCAAGAAGUCCAGAAAAGGUGGGAGAAAGCUUUAAACAACAAACACAGUGUUUCACUGUGUAAUCAUAACUCAGUUUUAGGUUGUACAUAGAUUUCACAUGACCAGAGCUCAGAUUAGCCGACUGUUUCCUGGCACAAAAGACAGCUGAGAUCAAUGUCAUUAUCAUGUUUUUUUUCCUGUCCUAAAUUAUUUGAGUUUGGUCAUCUUUUAUGAUUUCUUAAGCAACACUAAAUCUUUCAGUUAACACUGUCUUCUGGUACAUAUUUCUGAACCUACUGAUUGACUGUGUACCUUCGAAAAAAAACCUUCUUUAUAAGGACUAUUUAAUUGUCCCCUUGUAGAAUGCUCUGGAUCAGAGCUGUUCUCUUGUUCAGUUAUAUUGUCAGUUCCUGAAAUUUAUAGUCAUAAAAACUGUUAAAAGCUGUUUAUGAUACAUCUAAUCUGUCUAGGAACAUCUCAGCUUCUGCAGAAAAUUUUGCCAUUCUUUGCAGAGUUCAUAGCUGCUGUCUGAGCUGCUGCAUCUGCCUUUAACACUGACAGGAAAUAACCAAAAACUGGAAACCUACUAGAACAUAUUGAAACAUCCUUAGCAAUGCUGAAUAACAGACACCAAGUAAAAACUAGCUUCAGCUGGGUAAACUCCUCCAGCAGCAUGUAGAAGUAGUAUAUCAGGGCUUUGCAUGUGGAGUUUAAUUGAAUGAACUUAAAGGCUAUUUAGUCCAGUAUUCCAAGUGAAAUACAUAGUCCAAUUUACCACGCAAUAUAUAGUCUAGUAUUCCAAGUGAUAUUCAAUCCAAUUUUCCAGGUUCUUUAUUUUCCAAUAUUCCAAGUGAUAUCUAAUCCAGUAUUCCAAUUCAUAUAUAUUCUAAUUUUAGAAGCGCUCUCCAUGUCCCAAUAUUACAAUUGACAUAUAUUCCAAAAUUCCAAGUGAUAUGUUUUGAAGUGUUCCAAAUGUUUAUUUCAUGGUGUCAGAUUUGUAUAUAACCACAUUACUACAUAACACUAUGAUGUGUUGUUUCAUACAGAAAAACUCACUAACAGUCACUAGUCCUGUAGAUGGAGCUCAUGAACUGCUGACCUACAGUCAGUUUGAGAGUAUCUAUUGAGAUGGGCUGUAGAGUGAUGAGUUUAUUUUUUUGUUGUUAUAGGAUUUAUUAUUUGCCUAGGAGGUUAUGUGAUCAGCAUGGUUGUUAGUUUGUUAGCAACAUAACUCAAAAAGUUAUGGACAGAUUUUGAUGAAAUUUUCAGGAAAUGUCAGAAAUGGCAUAAGGAAGAUUUUUUAAAGAAUUCUGUACUAUUGAGAGAUAGGGCUAAUGGCGGAGGUCAGAGCUCUCUGAGUGCUUUUCUAGUUUUUAUGGCAUAUACUUUGCAACACUUCAUGUAUUCAAACGUUUUUUUUUUUUUUUUGUGGUGAUUUAUAAUUUAGAAAUUUAAAAAUUUAGAUUUCUAAUCUAUUUGCUUUUCACACUGAAAAUUUUCCACAGUAGUGCUUUUAUUAUCAUUAUGUUUGUAACUGUUUUAAAACUUAGAUUUUAAUCUUUUUUUUGUGGCUCGGUCUUUGCCUUAAAGUGUCAGCUUUAAAUCAGACCAAAUAGACUGAUAUGAUUCAGUAAAUAAUGUAGUAUUGAGACUAAUCAUUGUAUGUUAUGAUUCAGUAUUCGUGUUAACUGAAAAAUGCACUGCUCUUUUAAAAUGACAUUAUAUGAUUGGAUCUAGUCGGACACUACAGACUUUAAAUCUCAGCUGCUGUUGUCUGCUCUCUCCUCCUCUACUCACUUCCAAUGAAGCCAGCAUUUAGCUCUCUGUGCUAGUACCCAUAGAUUGCGGUUUUCAAGAGAUUUGGUCAAUACUGGUCAUUUUUGUGACUGUUAGUUUGUUCAGAUCUUCUCUAAAUGGAUCUAUUUUGAUGUUGUGUACCACCACGACUGAAUAGCCUCCUUUUUCCUCAUGUCCAACAACAAUUAAACUGCUGCUUUAAAAAUCUGAUUUGACUCGUACCACUGGCUUCAUUGGAAGUGGGAAGAGAGGGGGCUACAUAUCAUGUCAUGUUUAACCCUUAGAUCAGGAACAGAACACAUGGUAACA